GCCUCUGGACAUUUUUCGUCCACUUUUUCUUGACUUGGACCAUCAAUGGCUCAGGCCCAGGCUCAGGCUCAACCACAACCCCAACAACGAACACUUGAGUAAUCAAUUUCUUCUCCGACGACAAUCCACGUUGUAUUGAAUUGAAAUUGAGGAAAUGGCUACGUUUUCUUCGCUCUCUACUGCGAUUUCAUUAUCCAAUAUCCCCAAAAUGGUUCCUCCCAGAAGGGAUGCGAUUCUCAAUGUUCAUCCGUCAUCGUCCCAAUUUUGCCCCAGGUUCGAACUCAAUACGAAUAGAUCUCUUUUCACUCUAUUCACCUCCUGCCGUAAGCCUCAAUUGCGUUGCAAACCUCGGCCGAGGAGUUCGGUUCAAUGCCUUUUCACAGGCAUUGUUGAAGAAAUAGGCCAUGUCAAACAAGUGGGUAUUGCUGAACAUGGGGGUUUUGAUUUGAAGAUUACUGCCAAAACUGUUCUUGAAGGUGUAAACCUUGGAGAUAGCAUUUCUGUGAACGGAACUUGUCUUACUGUGACUGCUUUUGAUCACCAACUGUCGGAAUUCAAGGUGGGAUUAGCGCCUGAAACGCUUAGGAAGACUUCGUUGGUGGAACUCACGGCUGGUUCACCUGUGAAUUUGGAGAGGGCGGUUCAACCAAUCAGCCGAAUGGGUGGGCAUUUUGUGCAGGGGCAUGUAGAUGGGACUGGGGAGAUAAUCUCAAUGGAUCCUGAGGGGGAUUCGCUGUGGAUAAAGGUGAGAACGUCAGAGGCUUUGCUCAAGUACAUUGUACCCAAAGGAUUCAUUGCAGUGGAUGGGACUAGCUUGACUGUGGUGGAUGUUUUUGAUGAGGAGAAGGCUUUUAACUUCAUGUUGGUUGCUUAUACUCAGAAAAACGUUGUCAUUCCAUUGAAGAACGUUGGGCAGUUGGUGAAUUUGGAGGUAGAUAUUCUUGGCAAGUAUGUGCAGAGGCUCCUCAGCAAUGGUGCCAUCAAGCCCAUUGAGUCUUCAUGAUUGCAAAGCCUGGAAAAAAAAAUUGUCUUAAUAGUUGCAAUCUUCUUCUACAUAAAGUUGUAACCUGCCUUGUUAUUAUUAGUUUUUUUAACCAUUAUCAACUUGGGGCUGGGGAUGAAUAAAUAGCAUGAUGUGCUACUUUUUCAUUGUCCCAUUUGUAUUUGAAACACGGAUACUACUCGUUCUACUACUAAAUUGAACUUCUUUUUCGGCAAAAUAAUGCCUUUACACUUUCCAUGGGGUUGGGGAUGAAUAAAUGGUCUGAUGUUCUUGAUAGAAUCCAUACCAGGACCAAGCUAUAUUGAUAUAAAGGAUGAAAACUUACUAGAUAAAGCUAGUAAUUUGAGGAACUUGAAUUUCAAGAUUUCUUUCAGCGAGAGAGUAUGGUUGGCUAAUCACGGUAAGGGGUCGAUAAAGGUUUACUCAACGAGGGCAUGGGAAGAGCGCUGGCUUUUUGAUAUGAAGUUGUGGAGAGGGCAGAUAUUUGCAGCCAAAUGGUAAUUUGACCACUAAACCAAUCAUUGAGCAACAGCUAGUACCACAAUGUGUAAGGAAAUGAGAGGUCAAAGUCCCCGACCUAGUGAUAGAUGGGACAGAGAUUU